AUGGCUACUCGUCAUCACUAUGAUAAUAACAAUUGUGACAUUGGUGUAUUUUCCAAACUCACAAAUGCUUAUUGCCUCGUUUCUGCCACAACUUCCUCCACAAACUUCUUCACUGGCUUUGAGUCGAAGUUAAAAGGUGUUAUCCCCAUUGUUAUGACCUCCAUAGAUAGUACUGGAACUAUCGGUAGUCUAUGUGUUGGAAACAAAAACGGACUUCUUCUUUCUCAUACCGUUACAGACCAAGAACUUCAACAUAUAAGAGAUAGCUUGCCUGAUCAAGUUGUAGUCCAGCGAAUUGAGGAACCUCUAUGUGCACUUGGAAACGCUAUAGCUUGCAAUGACUAUGUCGCUCUUGUGCAUCCAAGGCUCGAGAAAGAUACCGAAGAGAUCAUAACCGAUGUUCUUGGUGUUGAAGUUUAUCGGCAAACCAUUGCAAAUAACGAACUUGUUGGAAGUUAUUGUGCUUUAUCUAAUAAAGGUGGACUGGUUCACCCUGACACGAAUGUGGAAGAAAUGGAUGAAUUGGCGAAUCUUCUACAGGUCCCUUUGGUGGCAGGAACCGUGAACCGUGGAAGCAAAGUGAUAUCUGCGGGUUUGAUUGUGAACGACUGGACAGCUUUUUGUGGGUCGGACACAACUGCUAUAGAGCUAUCUGUUGUUAACAGCAUCUUCAAGCUAAAUGAAUCUCAGCCUGAUUUUGUAGUUAGUGAAAUGAGGAAGCCUUUGAUCGAUACCUAUGUCUAA